GGCUGCCUCCCCCUUUGCCUGGCCGUCCGUCGUCUCAUCUGGCUGCCCAGGCACCCCGACGCUCGCCAUGCCACGUUCCCGGCCAUGCGCCCCCGCACUCGCCCCAUGUGUCUCGCUCAGGACAGCGCGCACAACCAGCAGCUUCCUGUUGGGGCUGCUCUGUCUCCUGGCGCUCGCGACCCUGAGCCAGGGCCAGAACCUCACCAGCCCAAACUGCGUUAACGUGAUAAAUACCUGGUCCCCCAUCCCAUCCGGAAUAGUUCUUGACAACGGGCAGAACAGCUCCUUCACGCUCGGCUCGGUGAAUGUUUCACUGACACCACAGCAGUCGGGGUUCCACUUCUAUACCAAUGGAACUAUGCUCUAUGGACAAGUGUCGGCUCUGAUUUUAGGAUCGAGCACGCCAAACAUUAUCACGUCUCUGCGACUUGAAAACAUCAAAACCGGAGAGCGUAUCAUUCUGAACGUGUUCGGGGGCGGAAAUAUUGAGCAGGAUAUCGUGUUAUCCAUCCCAGGCACUACCGCGGGCUUAGUGUAUAGAAGUCGAGUACCGAUUUCUGGCAUGAGUUUUCAAAACUUCACCAUCAAUUGGACACCAGACUUUGUGUCCUUCUACGGCAAUGGAAACCCCUUCAGUACUUAUAAUAGGUCGACCGUUCCGUACGGAGCUAAUUUUAGUUCACCCAUGCGGGUCGGAGUUGCUGUGUACUACAAUUCCGAUAACGGAGGCAAAUUGUCAACCAAUGCCAAUUAUACAAUCGUCUCAAACUUGACCAUAUCUUGCAGCAACAUAGUUGAGUCACCCAAAUCUGUCACGGUCGCUCCUUCGCCGAUCGCCACUUCAAUCGUUUCCACACAACCCCAGCCAACAACGACUCCCCCGCCAGUGGUUGACCCUCCUGCCACGAGUCCCGCAGCCAUUGCUGUUCCUGUUGUUGUUGUGGUCAUCCUCGUCGCUGCUGGUGUUGGCUUCUACAAGUUCAGAACCCGCCUGGGACUCGACAAGUUUGCUGGCUUGGGCAGACAGAGCGGCUCCGGAUCGUCAGAAUCAAGAUCUGCUCAACCUCGUGCAAUCCCACCCAUCCAGAUGCUUCAGUCCAAUCCCUCAUCAACAGCGGACCCAUUGCAGAACAGUAUCCAAGAUCGAGAAAUGACUCUGCCUGAUCGUGAUGUCCUCAGUGCAUCAUCCGAUCACUCUGCUACUUACAGAGCAGAUCAGCUUAGUCAAGCCGACAUUCCUUUGAGUGCACUCGAUCCCUCCACCGGCAAUCGCCGCGGGUCCAUCGCCAAGCUGGGUCUGCCUGAUCAUUCAUUCCACGACUCACAGCCUGAUGGCAACGACCACAGUGUGCCGGCAUAUCCAGAAUCUUCACCAAAUCUCCUCUCGCGGCGCCAUUCAAGCUCAACGCUGCCCCCUCCCUACUACCAGAGCAUAACCUAUGUGCCUCCACCUGUUCCAGAGAUCACUGUCUAUGUAUCAACCUCGGAGCCAGACUCCAGCGACAAUACGAACAACCCGCCCACGACGAAUCGCGAGUCCAUGCUCUCUGGCACCACCGACUCGGUGCCUCAGAACUGACACAUGGAUCUCCUUCCUCGAGGGCUUGCAACCUCAUCAAGGAUGUGACAACAUCUACAGCAAGUAGACGUGACAACAUCCACAACAAGUACAACACCUUCGCUAUGGCCAGCGGCAGCAUUUCUGGAUCAAAUGCUCAAAUGCUCGGUUUUAUCUAUGUAUCUUGUCGUGUUUGUUGCUACAACAGUACAUUUGAUUCAAUAUGACAGA